AUGCUGAAAACUCCUGAAAGAAUUUCUGAUAGAAAUAAAGAUUUCAAAAAAGAAAUAGAUCUUGCCACACACACAAAAAACCGAGACACUUUUUCUGUGGAGCUUAGAAAAUCAAAAAGGCUUGAAAAUGUAUGAAAACGAAGGGCAAAUUUUUUGCCGGAAUCACAGAUCUCUCCUUUAUUGGUUUCUUUAUACCCUGAUUUAGCCAAUCUUAAUUUUGACUCAAAAUUACGUUUACAAAUUUUAUUCCAAAUAAUAGCAGCCCAAAACUCAUAUGAAGUUAUAUUAGCAGGAUUUAAAGAAAUAAGGAAAUGCUUAUCUAUUGAGGACACUUCAGAGCUUUCUAGUAUGGUAAAUUCCAACUAUAUUCAAUACUUAAUCCAAUAUAUUGACCCGAAAAUUUUCCCUGAAAUCCAAUCUGAAGCUAUGUGGUGCUUGGCAAACAUUUCUUCUGGAGCUCAUGAGCUUUGUGAGGAACUAAUGAAUUUAGGAAUAAUUAAUGCUUGCAAGUCGGUAAUAAAUCUUGAAAGGCAAGAUAUAGCUGAAAACGCUGUGUGGUGCUUACCCCCUUGGCUAGCUAAUAAUUAACACCUUUGGAAAUGAGUCAAAAUUUUUAUAUAAAGUGCAUUUUUAAAAUAAUAAUGAUUAUAAAGAGAUCUCUGGAUAAUUCUAUUAAUUUUGAACAGCUACAUUUUUAAGCAUUUAAUUUUAUAAAUUAGACUUCUCAUUUCAAACAUACACCAGUCUGGAUUUUUUGGAAAUCUGAAGCAAGCCCUUGGUUUACUCAUAUUUUUUUACUGCUAUAGGGAUGGAGAGUUAGCAAACCUUGCCGGAGACUGCAAAGAAAUUAGAGAGAAACUAAUAGAGAAUGAGAUUGUACAAUUUUUAGUGAAUUUGAUGGAAUCUGACUUUGAGAUCUCAAUUUCUCUAGCAGAAACUACAGCUUGGGCCCUGAACAACAUUUUUAAAGGCGAUAAUCUGAAAAUUAAAAUGACAAAUGAUGCUUUACCAAUUGUAAAAAAAAUGCUAAAAUAUGGAAAUGAUAACACAAAGCUGCACUGCCUAUAUAUAGCCCUUUAUAUUUCCGCCCAAAAUGAGUUUCAUGUCCAAACCUUAAUUAAUUCAAAUAUUUUAAAAAGAAUUCUCCCAUUUUUUCAGUCAAAUAUACAGAAAGAGCAGCUUAUCGUUACAAAAAUCAUAGGAAAUAUAAUUUUUGGGGAUGACACACAUACUCAAACUCUGAUAAAUUUAGGAAUUCUUGAUUAUUUUCAGAAUUUAAUGUUGUCAACAUCUCCAGAAAUUAGGAAAGAAGUGCUAUGGGCUCUAACUAUCCUCCGUAACCGAAAAAAAAAUCAUUGGAAAAAUCCUUAUUUUUGGAUAAAAACCCACUUUCCGUGAGUAUAAUGAAAUCUUAGCUAAUUCUAUUUAUUUAUAAACAGAUUGCAUUUUAAAGCAUAAGCUUUGCAAAUUAAAUUAAUUUUUACUUCUGAUUUCACAAAUUUUUUUAAAAUUUUGAAAAAAAAAUUCUAUGAAAUUCAUAUAAUCUCUUACGGAGAGGGAAAGUAAGCAAUAUUACUGCAGGGACGAAGCUUCAGAUUGCUUUAGCAGUUGAGCAUCCAGUUAUUUUGCUUGCAAUGCAAGCUUUAUAUGAUGCAUCUGCGCCAGUUAAGUUAGAAGCUUCAAUUGUGUUCAAUAAUAUUAUUCAUGCUGGUGCUAAGCCGACUAUAUUAGGAUUAGUCCAUAAAAAUAUUUUACCUCAUUUAAGAGAUGGGCUUUGCAAUGUAUAUUUUUUACUGUGAAAUUGUUUAUUUUUUCAUUAAAAAGGUGAAUUAGAAUAUUCUUUUUACUCCCUCCGUGAAAGAAGAAAAAUCCCUAUUUUUUGCCUAAAAACCCUUCCUUUCCGAACAAAAAAAUCUUAUUAAAAAAAAUUUUGAUAUAUAAGUGAUAAUUAUUAUAAUGAAAUCUCUAGCUAAUUCUAUUUAAUUAUAAAUAGAUUGCAUUUUAAGCAUAAGUUUUGCAAAUUAAAUAAUUAUUUACUUUCCAAUUUUUGAGAAUCAGAAUUUUUUAAAUUUCGAAAAAAAAUUAAUCCUCCUCAAUAAAUGAACAAAAUUUUUUUGUUCGCUCACGGAGGGGGAGUUAAGGAAAAUAAAAAAUCAAAUUAUAUUAAAAAAUCUGGUAGAAUUUUGUGAUGGGCUGCUAAAUGUCGGAAAAAGUUUUCUUACUGAUGAAGGAAUAAAUCCAAUAGUCAAACCUUUUGAUGAGUCUGGCUGCCUAACAGCUUUAGAAAAAUCGCAAGUUAUUGCAGGUCAGCAAACAUAUUCUAUAAUUGAACGCAUUCUUGGUAAUUAUUUUGGCUUUGAAGAGGGCGAAUAUGAUGAAAACGAGGAUAUGCAAAAAAUCCCUGAAGAUGGAUUUAUAAUUUAA